CCAGGCAGGCGGCUGCCCCCCCCCGCCCGCGCUCCCCUCUUCUUCCUCACCCCCCUCCCAGCAUGGACUGGUUCCACUGCAACCGCUGCUACCGCCAAGAGGGAGCCCGCUUCGCCGUCACCAGCUGCGGCCACGUCCUCUGCACGGCAUGUGGGGGCACAGGUCCGUGCCCCGUCUGCACCGCUGACUGCCGCUACCCUCCCCAUCUCCGACAAGAUGCGCCCGCAGGAGAAACUCUUCUUCAAGAGCCCAGCCGACAUGGCCCUCAAGCACCUGACCCACAUCUCCCAGGUCUGGCGCUUCCAGCAGGCGCAGGCCGACCUGCUGCUGGCCUCGCACAAGGAAGCCGCACGCGUGGCCCGGGCGGCGCUGGAGGACGUCCGCCAUGUCCUGGACACCCGCAAUAGGGAGCUGGAGGCGCUGCGGCGGGAGAACGGGGAGCUGCGCCGCGCUCAGCUCUCCCCCGGCUGGCGAGGGGGGCAGCAGGUGAGACCCCCGCCGUGGGGUUUCGGAGGUUGGGGGGGGCUGCGGCGGCAUCGGCGGUGUCACCCCCGUAUUUCUCCCACGCAGGAGCAGCACGCCCCGGCCGGGUCGGCAUCACCUCCCCGGCGCAGACAGCCCCGUCUCCUGCCUCCGCCCAACGGGGCUGACCCACAGACCCCGCCGCGGGUCCCUUGGGCCCCCCCGCCGCCGCCCGCCGCCAUCUUCCCUCCUGAGACCCCGCCUUCUCACCGGACCUCCGCCCUGCGCCCGCCCCCCCCCGGCGCAUGA